CCGCGCGCAGCCAGGAAACCACGACGGACGGGCGGCGCGCGCUCACCCACUCCCACCCUUUUCCCCGCCCCCUCCUGCCUGCCCUCCCCGAACGACGGUGGCCGCACUGGGAGCAAAAGCUUUCAGCACGUCCAACGAGGGCCAUCCCAGAGCGUGCGCUCGGCCCGCAGAGACGGCCUGUGCGCGUGCGCAGAGGUGUAACUCUGGAGGCUCCGCGGAGGAUUGGAGGUGGAGGCGCGCGGCGCUGAGGACGGUGAGUAAUCUUAUACCUUUUGCCAUACUGGGCCUGGGCCAAGAUGGGUCAGUCAAAGUCCUUACCCAGAAUUUUUUGAACUGAAAUUGAGAGAAAGUCCCUCUUCAGUGUGGAAGCCAUAAAAUGUAAAACACAGGAGCUUUCAGCAGCCAUGUGUCCUGCCCUACGGAACCAGCUGGCCUGCUAUGAAAAGGAAGCCAACAUGCCAAAGGCAGCAGAGAACCAUGUGUGCUCAGUACUGCAUCUCCUUUGCUGAUGUUGAAAAAGCUCAUAGCAACAUUCGGGAUUCUGUCCACCUCACGCCGGUGCUAACAAGCUCCAUUCUGAAUCAAAUAGCAGGCCGCAGUCUUUUCUUCAAAUGUGAACUCUUCCAGAAAACUGGGUCUUUUAAGAUUCGAGGUGCCCUUAAUGCCAUCAGAGGCUUAACUCCUGACACUUUGGAAGGGAAGCCCAGAGCUGUUGUUACUCACAGCAGUGGAAACCAUGGCCAGGCUCUCACCUAUGCUGCCAAACUGGAAGGAAUUCCUGCUUACAUUGUGGUGCCUCGAACGGCUCCCAACUGCAAAAAACUGGCAAUCCAAGCUUAUGGAGCCUCUAUAGUGUACUGUGAACCAAGUGAUGAGUCCAGAGAAAAGGUCUCUCAGAGAAUUGUGCAAGAAACAGAAGGCAUCUUAGUCCACCCCAACCAGGAGCCUGCAGUGAUAGCUGGACAAGGGACAAUUGCCCUGGAAGUGCUAAAGCAGGUUCCCUUGGUGGAUGCGCUGGUGGUUCCAGUAGGGGGAGGAGGAAUGGUUGCUGGAAUAGCCAUCACAAUUAAGGCCCUAAAGCCUAGCGUGAAGGUAUAUGGUGCUGAACCCUUGAAUGCAGAUGACUGCUACCAGUCCAAACUGAAAGGAGAACUAACCCCCAAUCUUCAGCCUCCAGAAACCAUAGCUGAUGGUGUAAAAUCAAGCAUUGGCUUAAAUACCUGGCCUAUUAUAAGGGACCUUGUAGAUGAUGUCUUCACUGUCACAGAGGAUGAAAUAAAGUAUGCAACCCAGCUGGUGUGGGAGAGAAUGAAGCUGCUCAUUGAGCCUAGUGCUGGUGUUGGAUUGGCUGCAGUGCUAUCUCAGCAUUUCCAAACAGUCUCUCCAGAAGUAAAGAACGUCUGUAUUGUACUCAGUGGUGGGAAUGUAGACUUGACGUCCCUAAACUGGGUAAAGCAGGCUGAAAAGCCAACUCCUUACCAGACUGCUUCUGUUUAAAUCCAUGGAAGAAAUAAGAAUGUCACUGUAUGAAAAUGUUGUUUUCCAUCUUCCCUUUUAAAACUAUUUUCAAAAUCCUAA